GUCUUUUAAGAGACACAGGAAGAUUCCAGGAAGCAGUUAAGUAUUCUAACGAUCCCAAGUUUGCCGCUGAUUGUUUAAUGGCACAAGCUCGUGCAACCAAGGAAACGGAAGACACUCCCGAUAUUCUUCAACGUGCUCUGGAAAAGUACCAGCAUUGUGGCGACAUUAAUGGUCAGGCAGAGGCAUCACUAAUGCUUGGGAAACUAGAAAAAGAUUCUCAAAAGCUUCAAGAGGCCGGUAGAUUGUUUGACAAAUGCAAAAAUUGCUGCGGAGAAGCCGAGAGUGUGGCAGAAUUGCUUGUGGCCACAACGUAUGAACCUCCAAAGAACUACAAGCAGUGGAUGACUGUACGAGCCCUAGAGAGGUUGCUACGACUGGUUACUCUGUUGUACAGGCCUGCCGCUAAGCUGACCAUGGCCGAGCAAAAUGAAACAACAAAAUGUGAAGAGCACUUUGGACUUUUCAAAACUGACGUUACACACAAAAAGAGGUUCUUCUCCAAAUGUGGGGGGAGGUUUGCCAACGUUGAUCCAGAAUUCAUUAAAAGCAACGCUUCUAACACAGAAGCGAUGAUCGAUACAGCCGAAGCACGCCAGAACAUUGGACGGUUUCUAAUUAACUUCUCUGUUAACCUGGUGACAAAGAUUCGUAAGAUGCUGGAGAAUACCUUGUCGAGAAACUCUGUGUGCAGAAAUGUGGCAGAGGGGACACCUUGCGACAAUUCAAGUUGUGCAUACCAGCACCAAGAUUCAGGAGAGCACUUCAGCAACCGCUUCCACGCUUUGUUCCACCUCAUGUACCUGGAAUCAGUUGUCGAAUCGUUCACCUUGGAGAUGAUUUCAAACCAGCAGAGGCAGGACGCUUGCCCCUUAGAAUUAAAGGACUUUCAUGAAUUUCGUAUGUGUGAACGUUUUUACAACUUCUUGUUUCCGUCCUCUGGUUAUCGAGAGUUUCAUCUCACAUUACAGCAUGUUCGAAACUUGAGGAUUACGAAAGCAGUAAGCAAACGAAUUUUGCAAUUUGCCAACGUCUCGUGGAAGGAAAUAGCGGAAGAGAAACGCCGCUCAGAUACAGAUAAUUUCCUUAAAGUGUCAUCUUGUCUACAACUGAUUGAUUCUGCUCCUCUUAUGGUGAAGUGGAUUUGUGAAGAGGAAAAAGAGUUCCAGAAGAAAGCAAGGAGGCCGACAAAUGACCAGUUGGCGAAGAAUGGAAUGGUUGGUCCUGCAGAAAGUGGUCGUUACGAGAGCUAUUUACAGUGGUGGGAAGACGGCAAGAAACGCUUGUACGUUUAUGGUGAUGUGGAAAAUGCAGCUCAUCUCAUCAUUAGACGUUUCCUCACUCUAACAGCAAAACGGAGUCGUAUGAUUUAUCCAUCAAUCGCCAAUACGGUCAUGAUUUUAGAGCAUCAGCUUAUCGCUUGCCUUGCACUGUACUCCCGGCUAUGCACAGAGCAUAGGUACCCAGUGUGUUUACCAGCGAGUUACCUCGCCAUGGUCAGGUCUUGGGAUAACUUCAGACCAGGAGUUGAAAAGGGCACCUGUACCUUGUACGAAGCAGUUGAACGAAAUUUCAUUCAAGAAUCCAACAAAGGAAGACUAUCCAGAGCUGUUUGUUCACUUUUGAACUACAUGGUAAACUUGACGUGCGGUGAGGUGGCUCCCUCGUUUGAUGUUUUAGGAGAUGCACUCAACUCAGGAGAUACUCCAUCGUGUUGCACUUCUGGAGAAGCAGAGAGAACCCUAGUGCUGUUCCUGACCAUGCUCUGCAAUUGUGGAAAAGGAAUUUCAACUUCUUUGGAUGAAACAAUGUUGAGAAAGAUCUUAAAAAUUAACCCCAACCCUCAUUUAGCAGACCGCAUCAACAAUGUUUUAGAGGAAAUUCAAAAGGCAAAGGGUUGUUGUGAUGUCGUAUUAAUUUUAAAAACGUUUCUGCAAAGUAGAGGGGAAAAGUUGUACGACUUCCGUUGGCAAAAUGGAAAGCUUUGGCAAGAUGGGCCAUCUAAUCCAGCCAGUUAUCCUAAGAGUUUCCAAACCGACGUAUCUUACAUACGCCAAGAAUUACAACGAGAUCAUCAACAAGAUGUCGCCUCCAGAGACACAGAGACUGAAACUGCAGAUGGAAAACAAAAUGCUGACGAUCUUGACGCUGCGGGAGAGAGUAUGGACGUAGAACACACGGAAGAGGAGCUCAAAGAGAGAGAAAAAGCUCGCCUCGACAUGACUGUCACUGCGAUGCAAAAAUUGUACAGAAGGAAGAAGUUCAUCGAGAAAAUCAUUCUUUACGCUGGGGACUUGCGAGCAAGAAAAUUAAGAAGACUGGAAUCAAUAGAAGAACAAACAAGGUCGUCAUCUAAUGUGGUAAAAGAACAUUUCUCCCAGUUCAAAGUCGACCCAUCUGGCUGUGGGAUUUGUGGAACUAAUUUCAAAUUAGUCUUAACAGAUGACAGUCUUCCCAUGAGCCAUGAGGAUAAUGAAGAAGAACGUCAAGAGAACAGUGCAGAAGAAGCACUACCAGAUGAAGGAAUCGAGACUGUAGAAGCUCAUAAGAAAACUCAUUCGCAUUCCCAAAAACUCAGAGAAUUCCACCAGUACCAGGAACUGUAUUUGACAAAAGUUCUUCCCUGUUUGACGAAAGAAGAAGAACUGUGCAAAACGUUAGAUGAUCCUUUCUUGUCUGCUAAAAGGGCACAAGUUGCCCUGGAUCUGGAACGUCUGGAGGGAAUUCGUUCUUCAGUAAAAAGCGAAGUACAAAUCAUAGAAUCUUCUCUGGACUGGACGAAUUGCAGUUCACUUAUCAAUGAAAUAAACAAGUUUCAACGUGCCCUGCAAGAGACUGAGAAAAUUGUGGAACAAGCUAAACAAGACUCGUUCAGCGAUGAAAAUGAAGAAGCAGAGCCAGAUCUUGGGGAUGAACAACUGCAUGAAGACAACAUAGAAGAAGGAAGAGGAGGAGAAGACGAAAGUUUGUCUAUAGCGCCAAUGCCGAGCGGAAAGAAAAAAGGAGGAAAAUCAAAGCGACGCCAUUCCAGGCGAAAAAAAUGAACUCGUGAGUUGAUAACGUAGCAGUUUAGUUUUGCACCAGUGCAGGUGGUAAAUAAAAAAAAAGAGCCGGCAUUUUGCUAUGGCGGAGAGCAUAAGAGCUUUCAUGAGUAAAUGUAGGUCGCUCUUUGAAUGUACUAUUCUUCUCCGUCUCAGGAGACAACAAAAUUCGCUACGGAGGUUAGUGUUUUCUCUAACAUUUUUUCAUUCAGUUGUUUCAUUUGAGUGAAAACGUAACCUAGUCUUUCUUCUUCGCAGAGGUGAGCGAGGUUCGUUAUAGAAAUCCGCUGAGAGAAGUGAGCGCAGAGCAAAACUCGAAAAGAUCCCAGGCGGCGAGCCGCCGUCUCCCACGUUAUUUUAAUGCCUGCACUUGCAUCGCUCAGCGAAUUCAUCCCACCCGUUAAAGCCACUUGAGCCUCUGAUUUGGAGAGCGUGACCGACCGAGUAAUGAACAACCAACCCGAAACUGCCGAGGCACUGCUUGACACUUCGGAAUACUUCCGAUCAAAUUUGAGAUUUUCUCUCGCGCGGGAGAUGAAUAAAGCACGCGGAGAGAAGUGAGCCUAUAUUGGGAUUUUAUGAAGAGUUUUUUUUCCUCCGGGGUUCAAUGCUUGUUUGUAACGACAGUAAACCACACCAACAAUGUUUCGGCCUCACGCUUUAUGUAGAUUCUUCAUAUACAGCAGAAUUUAACCUAAAAGCAUUUUUUUUUCUGGUACAAUAUUCUACCGUACCUAAAAACUGAUUUGAAUGGUUUCAAAUACCGAGUAACACUUGUGAUAGCCAAACUAAUUACAGCGAUUUUCAUUUGACCGGUGUUUACGCCAGACUUCGUCUUGAGUUUGCCAAAAGUCUAAUGUGUGAGUUGGUGGUUCUUUUGCCUUCCUUAAUGUGAAAAAUACAUAGCUCGA